GCUGACCAGCACGAAAACAUGAGUGACUCCGCGGGACAGCGCACUUGUCUCCGGUGCUACCCAGAGCUCCCGGUGUGGGUGGUGGAGGAUCAUCAGGAGGUUCUACCUUUUAUAUACCGGGCCAUAGGCUCAAAACAUCUUCCUGCCAGUAAUAUAAGAUUUUUACAUUUUGACUCACAUCCAGACCUCCUUAUUCCUGUGAAUAUGCCAGCAGACACCGUUUUUGAUAAGGAAACACUCUUUGGAGAAUUAAGUAUUGAAAAUUGGAUUAUGCCUGCAGUUUAUGCUGGCCAUUUUUCUCAUGUAAUAUGGCUUCAUCCCACGUGGGCUCAGCAAAUCAGAGAGGGUAAACACCACUUUUUAGUAGGCAAAGACACUUCUACUACAACAAUCCGGGUUACAAGUACAGAUUAUUACUUCCUAAGUGACGGUCUUUAUGUACCUGAAGACCAGCUGGAGAACCAAAAACCUUUACAGUUGGAUGUAAUUAUGGUAAAGCCUUACAAACUCGGUAACAGUCAAGAAGAAAAUGACGCAGUGUCUUCUGCUAAGAAGCCAAAGCUAGCAUUGGAAAAUUCAGAAAACACUGUUCCUAAUAACUGUGACUCUUAUUCAGAAGGACUGGAAAAGGACACAGUGACACAGAGAAGUGACCAAACUUGCCUAGAACCCUCAUGUUCUUCUGAAAGUCAGGAAUGCCAGACUACAGUCAGCACUGGAGAAAUUCUGGAAAUUUUGAAGAAAGAGGAUGCAUUUGUUUUAGAUAUUGACUUGGAUUUUUUUUCAGUCAAGAAUCCCUUUAAAGAAAUGUUUACGCAGGAGGAGUAUAAAAUCUUACAAGAGCUGUAUCAAUUUAAAAAGCCUGGUACCAACCUAACAGAGGAAGAUUUGGUAGAUAUUGUUGAUACUCGAAUUCAUCAAUUAGAGGAUUUAGAAGCUACUUUUGCUGAUUUGUGUGAUGGUGAUGAUGAAGAAACUGUACAGAGAUGGGCUUCAAACCCUGGACGUGAAGAUACCACAAGACUGCAACAGCAGCAAGCUUACACUGUGGUUGGAAUUGAGGGGAGAAAUAAAAGCACAAAGGAAGAGUGGGUUCACCAGGCUGGUCUAACCUGUGAUUAUUCAGAACUUCCUCAUCAUAUCAGUACAGAACAAGAAAUAGAGCAUCUUAUUCAGUCUGUAUAUUAUAUACUGAAAAGUUUACCAAAACCUACCGUUGUGACAAUUGCAAGAUCAAGUCUGGAUGAUUACUGUCCUUCUGAGCAAGUUGACACCAUUCAAGAAAAGGUCUUCCAUGUACUACGCUCCCUCUAUGGGACUCUAGACAUUCAGCAGGUGUAUGCAGCAAAGUCUUCUCCACCUUGA